ACACUGCAGACUGUUAUCAUAACUACUGGUACCUGCAUUAGACGAGGCUUGGCCAUCGCGACGGCAGUGGACCCGUGAUGGCGAUGUGCCCGCUCCGUAGCCGGCUGAUCGCUUCCCCCAAAGCUUUCCACGUGCGUUCGUCCCAGCCCAAUGUGUGCCGCCUUGUGACCGUGGACUUCCGGCCCGAUGGCGCGGUCGGCAUUGCCGCAUUCCGGAAUGCGAGCGUCAACGACCACAUUGCGCUUCUUGUCAAGGAGGCGGCGGAGGUUCGGGGGCUCGUCGACAAGCAGGACGCGAGUAUCGCUAAGCAGGACGCGAGAAUCGCUAAGCAGGGCGCGAGAAUCGCUAAGCAGGACGCGAAGAUUGCCAAGCAGGACGCCAGAAUCGCUAAGCAGGACUCGGUAAUCCUGGUCAUCGGAGAGGACAAGGUCAUCAACGUUGCGACGCAGGUAUGCAUAGCUGUGCGGUACGUCGAGCUCACGAGGCUCUACGACUCCGGCUUGUUGGAAAAGAAACCCAAGAUGAUGUUCUACGAGACGACCCCGUCGCCGUACAGCAGCCUGCUCCGACUGCUUAAGGACGUCUCCAUGAAGCCACUCAUGGAGGACGUGCCGGAUGGCGAGACCAUCGAAGCGUUCGCCGUGAAGGUGGAUGCUCUGUGCCGCGACAGGAACCGGAGCACUCACCCGCCCAGCACAGCAGAGCUGGACAGGAUGGUGGAGGCUGCUCUGAUGCUGGUGUCACCGCAGAUGGCAGCGCAGAGCCCCGCGGCGGCGCACGCCUGCUUCAUUCUGCAGGCCUACCGGGACAAGCUCAAGCCCCUGAUGCGGCCCUACCUGUUGGCAGCGGCCGUGGAGGAGGCGUAGGUUGUGCGUACAAAGGGCUUUGUUGCAGGAGCGGAAAAUUCCAGCGUUGCAGGGGGGCGAGGCCUUGGCCCCAGAUUUGGCAUCGAGAACGCGCUACAGUGGGAGGCUUCGCGAGGGUGUGGGGGGCCGUGGCGGGUAAGGGAGCAGUACAAGUCAGCGUGGGGCCCAUGGACAUCACGCACAGUAGAUGCGGGGGGUCAGCUCCAGCAGCUAAGGUCAAGGAGCAUGCUGGCAAAUGGUUUGACAAGUGUCGCCGCCUGCUGGCAGCAGUAAGCACCAGUUCUUGAGGACUGAGGAGGAAUGAGGACUGUCAGUACGGUGAGCAUUGAUGUGCGGUGCAGGUGCAGUUUGGGCCGAGAUGGGUGUGGGUGGCUCAUGCUGGAUGUGCUUGGAUUGAAUGUCCGUUAAUUGCCUGCGGGAUUUUGUUUGCUUUGCUUUACGGAACAGUAUGGCGCUGCGCAGACUUCAGCAUUGUAACGCCUCAUCGAA